UGAGCGAGGGAACAGGAAGCAGCACAGCAGCCGAGUGAGGAACCUGCGCCGCCUGGACUCCAAAGCACCAGAAACUCCACCUCAGCAGCACCAUGGAGGAGGCAGCCAAAGGUAUCCAGCAGCAUCCGGACUCGGUCCCAGAGCUGGGAGAAGAUGCAGCAACGACUGUAGGGCCCGCCCCUCCUCCACCCGCCAUUACAGAGGAGGAGCGACAGGAGCUGCAGGAAGAGUUGUUCAAGGUGGAGGAUGAGAUCCUGACUCUGUCCCAGGUCCUUGCAGCCAAGGAGAGGCAGCUGGCCGACCUGAAGAGAAAGCUGGGCAUCACACCUCUGAAUGAGCUGAAACAGAACAUCACCAAAACCUGGCAGGAUGUCACCACCUCCAACGCCUAUCGGAGGACGUCUGAAACGCUCUCUCAGGCGAGUUUGAAGGCCGGAGCAGCUAUCUCCAACGUGGGCUCAGUCUUCAGCCGGAAACUGGAGGAUGUCAGGAAUGCACCAACUUUCAAGUCAUUUGAGGGGAGAGUGGAUACUUUGAAGACUAAAAUGACUCCAUCACCAUCCGCCACUGACCCCGGUGACCUCGGCAACCAGGAGAGCAGCGGCCUGAGCUCCGAGACUUUCCUCAAUCAGCCAGGGGGCCCACCCACUCCGGAGCCACUGAUGCAAUGAGACCCUGGUUAACUCCCCCCUCCCUUAUCCCCAUCCACCCUCUCACCCCUCCCUCCCUCCUCACUUGACUCCCUAACCCCUGGACCCUCACACUCGCCCCUUCAACUCCUUGUGCCAGUCUUCUUUUGUUGAAAACAAAUGACCGGCCCCGGCCGUCGUUUGUGUUCUAAUCGUCUGGUCUUUUUGUCUGACACGUGCGCUUACUAGUUCACUAGUGUGGAAACUGAAAGCUAAGAGGGGAGUGUGUGUGUGUAAGUGUGCGGGCGGGCAGACGGGUUUGUGUGUGUGUGGGUGGGUGGGUGUGUGUGUGCAGGCAUGUGGUCUCGUGUCAGUCGCAUGUUUUUGAGUCUGUUCUCGACUUGCUGUGGGAGAAAUCCUGUCACUUUCCUUCUUCUGCUCUCCUUGCUUUCUGCCUCUGCCGAACCAGAAAAGCUGCGAUGCCAAAUGUGUUCCUGCCUUUCUCUUCGAGUAACAGCUUUUUCACAGUUUAUGUUCCUUUGCAUGAAGUUAAACCUCAAAAAUAUAGAAAGUUACACCUAAGCGCUUGAUUAGAGAAGAGUUUACACUUAAGAACUUACUGUGUCAACCAGUCGGCUUAAUGCUUCUGCACGGCCCUUUUUAUUAUAUGCUGGAUUGACUAUUAGCCACCGUUUGGGGCUUUUCUUGGUUUACUCUGUGUCUGGAUUCUGGUUGAAUUCAGUUUCCUGUUCACUGUAUUAAUUGACACCUUGCAAUCAUAAAGUAGUCUAACACUG